AUGGCCGGCAAUCCAGCGCGGAGCCGCUCUGGCUCUGGCGCCUCUCACUACGGAAUGGGCGACGAUGAAGGCUCUGUGCUGGGAACAGGGCUGACUUCCCGCCAGCUGGAGGCGUUUGGCCGCAAAGUCACGACUACAGCAUCUCAUCUUAUGAGCACCACGACUGAUCCCACCGUCAGUGCCCACUACCAGGCAGCCAUGUCGGGCAUCCAGCGAGAGCUGCGACGACCCGGGGCCCAGAGGAGGAUGUUUGCAUUCGCGCAGACGACGCCUACCGAGCUUGUACGCUCCAAGUUUUCCACGUCGGAGAUCCAGUACCGCGCUCUCUCUUCCCUGCCAGAUGACCUCCUACAACAUCUCCCCGAGGAUACAAGUACAUACUCGCUUUUCCAAGGGUUUCAGGCCUCGAUCCACGAUGCAGAUAACGAGCACAGGAAGUCUCAUCGGAGGCGAAGUUCACAUGGCCAGAAGCGGUUGGAGGAUGUAGAUAGAAAUACAGGUGCCCUGCCACCUACAAUAGGCCAUUUGAAGCGGGAACGAGACUCGUUGAACCAUCGGCUGGAAAUGAUGGGGGUGCGGAAGAACAUGUGCAGUGCAGAGAUACACGAGAUUGACAACAAGAUUAUGAACCUGAACAAGAUGCGCAAGAUUGUGCUGGACCGUCUGGCUGGCCUGGAGAUGGACGAAGCUGAUUUGGAACAUGAAUGUAAGUCUAGAAUAAAAGAGAGAAGAAGAAGAAAGGCGGUGGUAAGCUAA